UGUUUCUCAUCCCAAAACCUUCUUGUCCAUUUCCCUCUCUCUCUCUAGUCGAGUCCUCUAGGCUUGAGUUUACUUGUCUUGCAUUAGGAUCAGUACAUUGAGUGAGACAUGAAAUCUGCAAUGAGCUAUAGUUGUCUUCUCUGUAUCCUGGUGCUCUUGCCAGCACUUUGUCACUCUGAAAAUUCAUUUACGCCCUCGAGAGCCACUUACUAUGGCAGCCCUGACUGCUAUGGGACUCCAACUGGAGCUUGUGGGUACGGCGAGUAUGGCAGGACCGUCUACGAUGGCUAUGUGACUGGAGUUUCGAGGCUAUACAGAAAUGGAUCUGGAUGUGGUGCUUGCUAUCAGGUGAGGUGCACGAAACCGCAGUGCACGGGCGAAGGAGCGUACGUGGCGGUGACGGACUAUGGCGAGGGAGACAGGACGGACUUCAUCCUGAGCACCAGAGCCUAUGCGAAGAUGGCAAAACCGGACGACUACCAAACCAAGCAGCUGUUCGCCUACGGCGUGGUUGAGGUCGAAUUCAGAAGGGUUCCGUGCCGAUACCCCGGCCAAAACCUCCUUGUCAGCGUCAGUGAACACAGCAGAAACCCUUCUUACUUAGCUGUCAUGCUUUUAUACGUCGCCGGCAAAGAUGACGUCAUAGCUGCGGAGUAUUGGCAGGAGGACUGCCAAGAGUGGAAGCCGAUGCGCCGAGUGUACGGAGCAGUGUUCGACACGCAAACUCCGCCAAUAGGCGAGUUGUACCUGAGGUUCCAAGUGGGUGGGUCUUGGGUGCAUCCAAAGUACGCCCUCCCUGCUGACUGGAAAGCUGGUGCUGUUUAUGAUUCCCAAGUGCAGCUGGACUAGAAAUGCCAAAAACCAGUCCCUUUCUUUAUGUUGAUUGGGAAAGUGCGUGCUUGCCUUUUUCAUUAUAGCUAGAUAGGAAUAGCUCAGAUAUGGCCAAUGCCAUGGGGCAUUAGUGUUGCUGAUAGAAACAGGCUUAGCUAAUAAGCUAGAAAAGGGCAGGCUUUCUGCCUGCCUUGGCUAAAUAAAGGUGGUCUCUGUACCAUUUUAUCAGUGGGAUGUGGGAUUGUAAUCUUAUCUUUCUGUUGGUAUGACUGGCUAUAAUAAAUGAGAUUGGUGUUCCCUUUGGUGGA